AUGGCCCCAACAAUCCUUAUCGUCGGUGCCACUGGUAACACUGGCCGAAGUGUUACUGAAACACUCUCAAGGCUGCUUCAAUCCAGCACCACUUUGUCUGAGCAUCGCAUUAUUGCUCUUACUCGGUCCUCAAAGAGCCCGGAGGCACAACAGCUUGCCACAUUGCCCGGAGUCGAAGUGGUAGAGCAAAACUGGAUUGAAAUCACUCCUGAAUGGCUUCAUGAGCAUCAAGUCGUCAGGGCGUUUGUUGCAUCGCACAACGAACCGACCCAAUUCGCCGAUGAAUCUACAUUCUACAUUGCUGCUCUGAACGCGGGUGUCAAAUAUGUGGUGCGGAUUUCAACCACCGCUGCCAAUGUCCGACCAGACAGCAAGGCUUACUACCCACGCUCCCACUGGGCAAUCGAGGCUCUUCUGGACUCCCCAGAGUUUGCCAGUCUGCAAUGGACUUCUCUUCAGCCGAACGUAUUCUCCCCCAUCUACCUGUCCAACGCGGUAGAACUUAUCAAAGAGUACCGCAAAACCGGGAAGCAGAACACGCUUCGACUGAUGGCGUCCGAGGAUGCGCCUGUUGGCAUCGUCGAUCCGGACGAAGUUGGUAUCCUCGCAGCUCAUCUUCUGUCUAAACAAGACCCUACCCCACACAACAAGGCGAAAUAUGUGGUGAACGGUCCUGAAGACAUCACUGGGAAGCAGGUUGUGGAUAUGGUGGAGCGCUAUAUCGGCACAAAUGUUGAGCAGGUCAUCUACAAAGACCUCUCCUUCCUUGACUCACUCUACGAGUUCAAUUAUGCUGCGACUUCUCAGUCCAAGAACGUUAUAUUUUCUAUCAAACAUGCCGCAGAGACGGCAUGGGAAGGGAAAUGCUCGGCUUCUACAACCAGUGCGGAGGUAUUGGAGCUUGCUGCGCCAAAACGCUCACCUGAGGACGUAUUGAAAACCAUGCUGGAAAAGUAA